AUGUCUUCUCUCGGCGGGCAGUGGAGAGUUAUACGACAUUAUUUGUCAGUGUCCAACUUGAAUGCUGAAGUUGAGAAGUUGGUGCAGAAACUUAAACCUGCUACGCCUGAACAGUGGGAAAGUUUAAUAAAGAAAUUUGAGAAAGCUGUUUCCAUAAGACUAUCGCAGGGCAGCAAAGAAGCAGAAAGUAUACCAGACAAAAAAUCACUUCAUACAGUAAAUGCCACAACCAUUGAAGAGGCAGAUGCUAAGGAAAUAAAGACAAGAUCGGCAAAAGAAGUAGUAGAGAAAACGGAUGACAAACAGAGCCAAGGUCUAGGUAUCGGUUCUGACGCAAAAGAAAUCACAUUUGAGAGCUUCUUACAAGGGUUGAAGCUGAAAAAAGAUUUGCAUUUUGGCAAAAUUUCAGAGCAAAGCUGGAAAUCUAACAAACCUAUCAUCACAAAGACAUCGAUUCACUCGCGAACAGCCUAUGUUAUAUCGGCUAUAGUCACAGCUGAGACGCCAGAAUGUUUGAUGAAGAGAACAGAACAUUUUAUAGACCACUUACAGCAGUAUCCUGAAGCGAGGGACUAUGCCAUUAAGGAGGGUGCUGUCCGUGCAUUGUUGCGUGUACAAAACAAAUUGUGUGACGAUUCACCAGUGACGGUAGAGGUCAAAGGGAUUGUUAAUGAGGCCCUAGCGCUUAUGGGAUAUACGGGUCCAACCAAAGGCCCCGGUCCAAAUAUCCUCUCCAUCGACGGAGGUGGGAUCCGCGGAAUAAUCGCCAUCGAAAUACUCCGACAUUUGGAGAGGAUGACAGGCCGGAGGGUCCAGGACAUGUUUGAUUAUAUAAUCGGUGUCAGCACAGGUGCCAUAAUAGCUGCUGUCAUAGGAAGCGGCAUUGGCAAUUUGGACACCGCUAACCACAUGUAUCAUACAUUGUCAAAGAAGAUGUUUGGAAACACCUCCCUCAUUGGUGGAACUUCCCGUUUGGUGUGGACUCACUCCUAUUACGACACGGAAGCCUGGGAGAAGAUGCUGCAGGAGAAUCUCAGGGAUUGCAGCCUCACUGAAUGCAACAGAUACAGCACACCCAAAAUGGCGCUGGUGUCGUGCGUGGUGAGCCCCGGGUCGCGGCUGGCGCCGUUCGUGUUCCGCACGUACGAGUGCGGGUUCCGCGUGCGCUCCGCGUUCGCGGGCACGGCGCGCGCGCGAGUGUGGCACGCCGUGCGCGCCUCGGCCGCCGCGCCCACCUACUUCGAAGAGUUCCGGCUGCGAGGCGCGCUGCACCAGGACGGUGGCAUUAUGGUCAACAAUCCCACGGGUGUUGGACUACAUGAAGCAAAGCUUCUGUUUGGCGCUAACGCCUUGAAAAAAGGCACAGUGAUCUCAGUCGGCACGGGCAGAGCCCUAAACAAACACCUGGACUAUCAGCUGAUGAGUAAGGGCCUGAACAAAGAAGCCUCGGGCACAAGCUGGAAGGACAAGUUCAAUAAGAUUCUGGACUCCGCAACAGACACUGAAGGAGUACAUCUAAUACUGAACGAUCUCCUGCCACCCGGCAGCUACUUCCGUUUCAAUCCACCGCUGAUGGAGGAGUGUGCAAUGGACGAGAUCAACCCGGAGAAGCUGAACAACAUGGUCGUGGACACGCACGCUUACAUCAGAAGGAAUCAGCACAAGUUCGAACAGGCCGCUUACAUGCUGAUGAGGAAGCGGGGAAUAACUCAACGGGUCAUGGACUAUGUGUACCACAGGAGCCAGCUGAUGGGCAUAGUUCAGACUAAC